AGCUCUAGUUGUAGGUGUGUAGGAUUGCUUGAAAUGCUGUCGAACCAUCGCAAGCAUUUUCAGUGCACAGAAGCUUUUCAGUGCAGUUCUACUUGUAAACCUCUCUACAGCAGGGCGAGUUGCGCGUUCCCGUGACUCGCCAUAGAAAACAAAGCUGCACGUCUUCCAUAAUAGCAAAGGGUGCAGACUUGAGGGAUAUCUGAAUUUAUUCUGGAUACAUCGGGCUGAAUAUGGAUUUACUGGGUGUAGCAUCGUUGGAGACCGAGCCUUCUCGGCUGGGGUGACUGCGAGGCAUUAGCGAAACCGACAAAAUAACAUCAUUUUCUUUUCCUCGGGGUGCUUUGUCUUGUCCACCUAACGAUAUAGCAAACCAUCAUUCCCAUUUCAAUUGCAAGACAUUCAGCUAGUGAUUACUAGCUGCUGCCGGGAUGUAUCAUCAUGUUGCCAUCUAAAAGUAACUGCUAGGACGUCGGAUUGUGAAGGAAAAGCAGAAAACCUCGCUGAGGUCCCAACGGGUUGUCACCGGGACUUGAAUCUGUGUUAGCCACAGUCGCGGAACCCACUGUUUUUGGCGAUAUGGCGGAUCAGGGCUAUUCAUCUUGGGCAUAUUCCCUAGUUGACUCCAGCCAGGUGUCCACCUUCCUCAUCUCCAUCCUUCUCAUCGUCUAUGGCAGCUUCAGGUCUUUAAACAUGGACUGUGAGAACCAGGAGAAGGAUAAAGAUGGUAGCCCCUCGACAACGGGGUCUUUCAAUAACAGCAACACAAACAACAGUAUUCAGACUAUAGACUCCACACAGGCUCUGUUCCUACCCAUAGGAGCCUCAGUGUCUCUGCUAGUCAUGUUCUUCUUCUUUGACUCGGUACAGGUGGUCUUCACCAUCUGCACUGCAGUUCUUGCAACAAUUGCUUUUGCAUUCCUCUUGCUGCCAAUGUGCCAGUAUCUGACCAGACCCUGCUCCCCACAGAACAAGAUUUCAUUUGGCUGCUGUGGGCGUUUCACACUGGCCGAGCUCCUGUCCUUCUCCCUCUCUGUCAUGCUGGUGCUCAUCUGGGUGCUGACUGGACACUGGCUUCUCAUGGACGCUUUAGCCAUGGGCUUGUGUGUCGCCAUGAUAGCCUUUGUGCGGCUUCCCAGUCUGAAGGUGUCUUGCCUGCUCUUGUCUGGACUGCUCAUUUAUGAUGUUUUCUGGGUGUUCUUCUCAGCCUACAUCUUCAAUAGUAAUGUGAUGGUCAAAGUUGCCACUCAGCCUGCUGAAAAUCCCAUAGACGUUCUGUCCAGGAAGCUGCACUUGGGGCCGGGGAUGGCCCGUGACGUUCCCCGCCUCUCACUGCCUGGCAAACUGGUCUUUCCCAGUUCCACAGGAAGUCACUUCUCAAUGCUGGGAAUAGGAGACAUUGUGAUGCCGGGGCUGCUGUUAUGCUUCGUGCUGCGCUAUGACAACUAUAAGAAACAAGCAAACGGGGAAGUCCCAGGACCGGGGAAUAUGUCUGGACGCAUGCAGCGCGUCUCCUAUUUCCACUGCACUCUCAUCGGAUACUUUGUGGGACUGCUGACUGCCACUGUGGCCUCCAGGAUUCAUCGUGCUGCUCAGCCCGCUCUGCUCUACCUGGUGCCCUUCACCCUGCUGCCUCUGCUCACGAUGGCCUACCUAAAGGGGGAUUUGCGGCGCAUGUGGUCGGAGCCUUUCCAUACCAAGACCAGCAGCUCCCGCUUCCUGGAGGUAUGAUGCACCUUGGGGUAAAUGACCAGCAUGGGGAGGACCGCGGAUCCUUUCCCUUAAUUCGAGGGAAGGAGAGAGGACGCACUCACAGUGAGGCCAUGUUGUCAUCACUUGUUCAUGCUUUCUGCCAAUCUUCUGUGAAAACCCUCAGAAGGACACCAAUGUGUGGAUCACAAUGCCCCGACAUGACUCAUCUUAUGUCCCCACAUCCUUUGUUUCAUCUCCGCUUCCUCUUUUCUGUUUAUUUCCUCUUCAUUAUAGCACAUCCUGCCUGUGCCGUUUUUGUUCUACCCCCCACACUCGCCUCCCCCUCUCUAUAGUUGGUGUCAUUUGCUUCUCCCUCCCACAGCCCACUCCAUUCGUCAGGCCUCUUCUCUGCGUUUUCCUUCUUUCUCUGCAUCUUUAAUUUCCUCUGCAUCUCUGUUUGUCACCCAAUCAGAUGAACUCGAGGGCAAGGCCUCCACCCUUUUUGUGGACUUGCGGCUGUGAGACAUGGCUGGGGUUUAUAUAUAUAUUUUUUAGCAUUGUUGUGGUCAUUAUUAUUAAUAUUAAUAUUAUUAUGGACCGAUUUAAGCAAACGGAGAAGAGGUGGAGUCUUGCAGCAGCACAGGACAGUGUUCAGGAGCAGCGACACAGUAAAGAAGUCUUCCCCCUCUAUCUGUCUCCCUCUUUCUUCCCUUCAUCUGUCCCAUCACCCCUCAGGAUGUGCUCCCACCUUUCUCUGACUCUCUCUGCACGCCCCACCCUCCUCUCUGUCCAUCUGCUGUCCUCAUACCCCGCCCUCACAGAUAACUAUGUAUUUUAUUUAGAAAAGUUUUAUUCUUGGCAUAUACAGAAAUGAUGCAUUAUAAAUCGUAAAGCUGCCCCCAGUGUUUGAGGGGCCGCUUCUAUUUGUAUAUAUGUGUACACAUGUAUUUGCGGUAUCUUGAGUUUGUAUUUGUGUUUGGGAGCAUGUUUAUAAAGGGUGGGAAACUGAUGCCAGCCAACAGCCAACUUGCGAUCAAGUCACGCUGCCUGUUGUGUCAAGUUGACCGGAUAGCAUCCAUCGUACGGAGGUUGUUUUCUCAAGUUUGUUGACUUGUGUGAUUGAAACGUAGAUGGAUGGAAAAAAGACCAUCUUCAGCAGUGGCUGAGUAAUAACAAAGUUAGUUUCCUGCUCUGGUGUUAAAGUGUGUGUGUGUGUGUGUGUGUGUGUGUGUGCGUGCAUGUGGGGAAACAGGUGAGUGAACAGUUGUUUUACUGGGUUUUAAACUGAAAUCACCUAUAGUCAGGUUUCCAUUGAUGUAGGUGUGUUGGGACAGUGUUAUAACCAUGACAUGUCUAAUGGAAACAGUCUGUGUUUAAUCUUGUAAGAAUUAUGUAAAGGUUAUUCUCAACAGCAUCAGUUUUUUUAAAUCAAUCUUUAUAUGGACAGGUGCAAACAUAAACUUUUUUUUCACAUAAGUGAAUUAAAUUCAUUUUAAGGAGUGCUAUAUUACUGUUCAUUGCGAAACUGAAUCAUGCUGGAUUUUGUACUCUUUUCUUUUCAUUUCUGAAUUUCACAUUAUAAAUUUAAAUGUAUUAUGGCUAUGAAAACACUAAAAUCAUCUUAUUUCAGGUCUCACAUCUAUAAAUGUCUUGGCAUGAGAUCAGAUUUUCUGUAUUGACGACAGACAAAAGGUCAUUGGAAACUUAUCGGCAUCUGAACUUUUUUAAUUGUCAGUGUUUGACCACAGUCAAUGAAGACCUGACUAUUGUGAAGGUUUGGACUUAAAGCCUGGACAUGAGGGUCAAUGGGAUACUGUGAUUAGAUUCAUAUGUCGUUACAGAUGAAGCUUCUUUGAGUGGACAGUUGUGUGUGUGUGUGUGUGUGUGUGUGUAUGUGCGCGCAAGUGCAUCAUUAUGUCUGUUUGGACCUUUGGAGGGGAGAAAAUCAGUUAUGCCCUUAAAAUCAAAAAUGGAAAUUAGAAAUUAAAGAUAACUCAUAGGAUGUAGGAUGUUUUUACUAUCACCAUUUGAUACUUGGUAGUCUUAGUCUUUUUGUUUGUUUUUUUUUUUCGGUCCUUCCUGUUUUGUGGUGCUCGUCAGUUAAUAUUUAAUGUAUACUGGAAAAAGUGCAAUUGAGUGCACAGCAGGAAGUCUGAACGGUGUACUGACACAAUUUGCAGGCUUUUUUUCUUACUUUUUUUAUGCUAUCUGGCCGUGCAUGUUAAGUGUACAGUGUAUCAUUUCUCAGACUACUGGGCUACCGCAGUUUGGAAUCUCUGCUGGCCGACACUGAGGCACUGGACCUGUGAGCUUGUGUCAGUGGGUGGUACAAAGUCUUCAGGUCAGAGACUGUGAUUGGUCAGCUCUGACCUCUGACUGGUUCACAGGGACUGAAUAUUAUGACCUGAGUUGCGUCAUGUUGGGACCUUCGGCCUCCCACUCGUUGCAGUUGUCUAAACUCGGACAGUAUGGAACCCCAAUCACCUCUUCAUGGACAUGGAAAGAAAAUAUAUAGAUUUAUAUACAUAUAUACGUGUGUGUAUAUAUACAUAUAUAAAUAAUGAUGAAGAUGAUCAUGGUGAUGAUGGCUGUUUUUUUUUUUUUAAAUAGAAAAUUUAUUUCUUUUUACUCCCUUGUUUGUAAAGUUUUAUUUCUUCAGUGCUUUAGUUUUUAUGUUUCCUUCCACAUCUUCUCCCCUCCAGCUGAGGACUCAAGCUCUGUUUCAUUGUUAAUAUGACUGAAUGGAUUCUGUAUAGAAAACUGGUGAAUAAAAUUAAAAAAAGAACUGUGUAGUGAAACAUGAAUCCUGAAGCAUUUGAUCUAAAACAUUUGGUCCCUGUUUAACCCGUCCCUCUGCCCUUUCCCCUUCUUUCCCUCCUUGUUCAGGAUUCUGCUGUAAAUAAACAUGACUAA